AUGGCAACUUUAGCCCAACCUCCGGCUCCAGUUCCUACGGGAAAUGACAUCCCGACAUACUACCAGGUUCCUGAGACUACCUAUGACUUGGACUGGGCGGACCUCGCGACCUUGGAUCUAUCUCAAUUUGAUCAACCUGGUGGCAAGGAACAGCUAGCCAAGCAACUUUUCCAGGCUAUUCAGAAUAUCGGCUUCUUUUACAUUAUCAAUUUUGGCCUCUCACAGGAGGAGGUUGACCGACAAUUCUCUAUUGGCAAAGAGAUCUUCAAACUCCCAAUAGAAGAGAAGCUCAAGUAUCGUGCUGAGCUAGAAAAGGGUGGCUAUAAUGGCUACAAGCCCAAGGGUCUGCGAGAAAUCAGUCCAGGUGUUUUUGACAACACCGAAAUCUACAAUAUUCCAAAGUUCAUCCCUGAUCUUGAACGUCCCCAGCCGGAUAUUGUGAAUCAUAACCGACCCAUAAUUGAGAGCUUCGCACGCCACAUUCAUGAUGAAGUUGUGCGCAAACUUCUCAUACUCUUCGCCAUUAUCCUCGAGCUACCCGAGGAUUAUUUCCUCAAGGUCCAUCGCUAUGAUAAGAAAAGCGAUUGCCAUCUGCGAUACAUGAAGUACCACCGUCGUACACAGGAGGAGAACGAGAAAGCUGCCGGGAUUUGGUCCAAGGGCCAUACAGACUUCGGCAGCUUGACCCUACUUUUCCGCCAGCCUGUUGCUGCGCUGCAGGUCCGUACCCCUGAGGGCGAGUGGAAGUGGGUAAAGCCAUAUCCGGGAAGCAUCACAGUGAACCUUGCAGACUCGCUCCAAUUCCUUACCAACGGCUUCCUCAAGAGCAGCAUACACCGCGUUGUCGCCCCUCCACCAGAUCAGAGAGAUGUAGACCGACUGGGUGUUCUAUAUUUCGUCCGACCUGAGGACGAUCUUGAGCUGCGACCGGUGGUGAGCGAAGUUCUUCAUCGCUUGGGAUAUGAUCAGACAACGGAUAAUAGCGCAAUUGGUAUCACUGCUGGCGAGUGGGUAAAGGCCAGAGUAGCCAAGGGUGUUGACAGAGGUAUGGCACGAAGUGAACUUGCAGACCAGCCUAUCAUUGGUGGUGUGGUUGCUAAAUAUUACGACUGA